AUGGAGGUCCACUCUUAUAGUCACUGCCAACCAUUACUGUCACAACAGGCCGAAGAAGAAGGCAUACAGUCUGGCACAAGUAAAGGCCAGCCACACUGCUCAGAUCCCAGCCGCCCAUGCAACCCCUGUCUGGACGCCACCAAAGCCUGCAACCUGAAUGAAAACUGCAAGCGUCAGCGUUCCAACUACAUUUCCACCUGCACCCGUGCGCAGACACAGGGCCAGCAACCCUCACAGCCUCAGUCGCAGGACAGCUGCAACAGAAAGCGCUGCCAUAAGGCCUUGCGUCUGUUCUUUGAGCGUGUUGACACACAACACAGCUACGGGUUGCUCUUCUGCUCCUGUAAGGACCAGGCCUGUGCUGAGAGGAGGAGACAGACCAUUGUACCCUCCUGUUCCUAUCAGGACAAGACCAAACCCAACUGUCUUCAGCUGCGCAACACCUGCCGCCUGGAUGUGCACUGCAGGUCACGACUGGCUGAUUUCCACACAAACUGUCAGAUGACCCCUCACUCCAUCAGCAGCUGCCUCAACGAUGACUAUCAGGCCUGCCUUACAUCUUACACCAGACUCAUUGGUACAGAUAUGACUCCUAACUACAUGGACUCAGGUCACUCAAACUUCACCAUCACCCCCUGGUGUACCUGUAGAGGCAGCGGGAAUCAGGAGGAAGAGUGUGAGAAAUUUCUGCAGGACUUCAGAGAAAACAAUUGUCUCCGAAAUGCUAUCCAGGCCUUCGGCUAUGGGUCGCUACCCAAACCUGAUCCUCAGCCUACUACAGGCUCAGUGAAACCUGAUCUUGAGCUCACUGCCAGCAUCCCUAAAACAACUAUGGAACCUGGGGAGGAGCCCUGCAUCAUAUCAUCCUGUGCGAAUUUAAACGAACUUGAUUGCUAUCCAUCAAAAGACUACAUCUGCGGAAGUGAGGUUCCUGGCAGUCCACCUAACACAAGAGUAGAGUACCCCAGAAAUUCAAGUCCAGGCACAAAAGCCCUAAAUGAUGUUUUGAUGCUCAGUCUAUUGUUUGCUCUUGGAAACCUCGCUAUGUAGAACUACCUGAACUUCAUAAGCCAGCGCAGUGAGGAAAAGGCUGACGGAAACUCCCUCAUGAUCAUCUUCAGACCAAACUAAUGCCUCUCUCCUCUACUGCAGCUUUCUUUCU